GAGUCCGACGCUUAUCAACCGCAGUUCCGAUUCGUAUGGCAGAUUUGGAAGUUGCACGACAUUAAAUACAACCGUGCCUAAGAUGACGUCCACAUGCAUUGAAACACUAUCCGCCGAAGGCCGCCGAGACUUUUACAACUCGUUCGACACUGUACUCACCGACUGCGAUGGUGUAUUGUGGCUGCUGAACAACACCAUACAGGGCGCCACAGAAGUUAUGAAUGGCUUCAAGGCGAAUGACAAGAAGGUGUUUUUUGUCACUAACAACAGCACUAAAUCGCACACACAGUUCUUGGAAAAGUUUCAUGCUCUUGGAUUCAAAGCUCAAUCCAAUGAAGUGGUCAGUACCAGUUUCUUGGCCGCAAAAUACUUAAAAGCGAAUCUUGAUCCAUCCAAGCAAGUUUAUGUAGUUGGAUCUCCAGCUAUUGCGUGUGAAUUAGAUGCACUAAAUAUAAGACACUUUGGUGUUGGUGAGGAUUAUUUAAAAACUUCUGUACCCACGUUUGUUGAAAACAUAAAGCUUGAACCUGAUGUUGGUGCUGUGUUGGUCGGAUUUGACGAACAUAUUAGUUAUCCAAAACUAUUUAGAGCGGCAUCUUACUUGAAGGAUCAAAACGUUCUGUUUGUGGCAACUAACACUGAUGAGAGUUUUCCAGUAGCUGGUACAAAUUUAGUUAUGCCUGGCACUGGUAGUUUGGUGUGUGCUGUCAAAACUUGUGCCGGACGAGAUCCAUUUGUUGUUGGCAAACCGUCAAGCUAUAUUUGCAAUGUUCUAACAGAAACUAAUAAAAUUGACCCUUCAAGGACAUUAAUGAUUGGUGACCGUUGCAACACUGAUAUAUUGUUGGGUAAACGUUGUGGGUUUAAAACACUGUUAGUAUUAACUGGUGUAAAUAGUUUGAAAGAUGUGGAAGAAUGGAGCAAAUCUGAUGAUCCUAAAUUACUAGAGUUAGUACCUGAUUAUUAUGCUCAGAGUAUUGAUAGUUUGAGAGCGACAUUUCCAGUGCCAUUGUAAUAAUUAAACGACAAUUAUUACUAUUUAUUUUAAUACAUUCAAUAUUAAACCAAUACAUUGUAGAACAAUUUUAUUGUAUUAUGUUAUCAUCACUUUUAGACAAUUUUUAGGGAUGGAUUUUUAAAUGUUUUUCACAUUAUGUUCAACUUAGUUGUAUUGUAGUUAAAAGUUAUUGUUCAAAAUUGAUUUAUUAUUUCAAUCAUAACAAAAUCUUAUGGUGUGUUUAUUUGCUCUUCAGAAUACAAUACAUAAUAUAUUUGAAAACAUUUUUUUUUUCAAAUAAAAGUUGUAUUGUAUUUUAAUAGUAUAAUUUCUUGUGUGAUCUGAGAAUAUGUUACCUAUGCUGUUUACUUUUUUAUGUCAAUUAAAUUUCAGAUUUUUUGUGAAUGAAUAAAAUGUUGUAAUAAACAGUAUUUAAUAUCUAUCUGCCAAUA